ACUACCAUGUGCAUAUUGGCGAUACAUCUGGGGACCUCCACCUGUGCCGCGCCUACAUAUAGCGUAGACAAGGGCCUCAAAAGCUCAUCUCCUCCCCUACUGAAAGAUUUGUAUUCACAAGAAAAUGGGAAAAUUAAGGAAAGGAAGAAAAAACCAACGAGGCAGGCUUAAUCCGGUGGCCAAGAAGAUGGGGUCAAACGCCUCCAAACAGGAAAUCAAGGACGAAACCUUGCGUCAAAACAAAAUCGUACCUUUGAUCGGCAAGUUGUCCUCAUCUGCACCAAACGAUAGGUCGGUCGCUUUGAGUGCCAUCACUGUGCUUGCUGAAGACGAGAGAAUGAGAAAAAUCUUGUUGAAAGAGCGCUUGGUACCCACCGUUAUGGAACAAACACUCAACGACUCCAACGAAGAGCUUGUCGUGGAGUCAUUUGGUCUUUUAAGAAACUUGACUAUCGAGGAGGGUUACGAGGUGGCCAAGUUUUUAUGGCGCUCAAACAUCUGGGCUUCUAUCGAAAGUGGGCUUACCAAAAUCGAGAACUCGCUCAAGUUUAUGCAAUCAGAGCCAAAAGGCAUCGACAAGAAAAUCACACACAUGUUGUUUGACUUCAUCGAGAAUGUACUUUCUCUCAUCGUGCUGAUUGCUAGCUGUUCAGACGACCUUUAUGAGAGUAUAUACUCGAAAAUUGGCCGUGUUGUGAAUCUUGUUAUCGACGCACUCAACUGGAACAUAGCAAAGUUGAGGACAGUGAAAUUGUUCAACUCCCUUUUGGACUUCAUCUAUGAGUUUGCCUCCGACUCCGCGGAAUUUAUCACAUCAUUGGCCGAUAUGCCCUCAUUUUCAUUACCCAAAUUGCUCGAGGCUGUUCAGCUGCCAGCCCACAAGAACAACAACUUGGGCAAGAUCUACGUGCAGGGAAUUUACUUUCAUUUCCUCGAAGUCAAAGGAGAUGAAACCACUACUAAAGAUAACGCGUGUGCUCAUUUAUUAAAAGCCACAUUUGACACGGUCACCAGCAUUGACAUCAACAAUGUCAAGACUUGUUUAUCUACUGCUGAUAACGCACAUGAACCAAUACAAAAGCCAAAACCAGAUGAAAAACUCGAAGAUAUCGAUGUACCUUUCGGCGGCGAGUCUGCUGAAAAAAUAAAUGCACGUUCUGAUCUUCAGGCAAUUGACAUUUCCAUCGACUUGUUCACAAGCAUAUGCGAAUACCUUGCUUUGAAUGAGAGCGAAAUCCAAGAACAGACAUCUUUGAAUGAGUCGCUUAUCAAUCUCUUCUUGGAUGUUGCCCACCCUUCAUAUAUGCAUCUCCUAACUUUUGAUCAAGAAAAUGACGAAAUUCUUCAGUUAACCUCGAAGUUGCUUAUUGCUUACAACAACAUGUGCUGGCUCUUCUUGUCCAUGGAUGCUAUUCCAACUGCGUGGUAUAGUAAGAUUCCAGAAUUAUGGGAAGCCGCUGAAAAAGUUGCCAAGACUGAGAAUUUGGAAUACCAGCGUUUGACAUUGAAUAUUUUCUGGGCCCUCACUAAGUCAGUCGGACCUGAGGUGAAGGAUAAAGUAUCUUUGGAAGACGUGAAAGGCCUUUUGACAAAAUGCAACCUUUUGACUUCAAGCAUGGGAGAGGCUAAAGAGCUUGAUCUUUCAUCCCUUGAAUACGUUUUGUCUGCUAUUGGGUUCCUCGGCAGUAUAGCACAAGUGAUCGGUAAUACAGAGAUUACGAGUGAAGUUUCUCAGCUUUUAGUUGUCUUGAUCAGACAUUUUGCCGCGUCUCAGAAUAACAUGAAAGAGGCAAAGGCAAUCGAGAUUCCGAUCGAGUGUUUGAACUUACUUUAUGACAUCUUUGGGGAUGCCAGCUACGAGUAUGACCUCCCAGUGUUUGUACAACAGAAUUAUUUGCAAAAGUUAGAGGAGUUGGAGCCAAUUGUUAAAUCUUGUUAUAAGCAUAUUGACAAGAACAAGAACCCAGAAUUAAAGCUCCGCGCGGAGGAAGCCUGGACCAACUUGGGUAGAUUCAUCCAGUACAAGAAAAGCGAGAGACAAUAAUGUUAAAGCUGGCACACAGUUACUUUUUUACAUUAACAAUUAGAAACUCUAUAUUCGAUAGAU